AUAGAUUAUACUCUUGCCAUCGUAUAAUCUGACCAAACCCUAAGACAAAGGUCGCGAAAAAUAAAAAGAGAUAUCUGACUUAUAACACAUUCACCAUGGCUAUUGAGAAGUUUUGGGCUGUUGCCAACAAGGACUACCAGAAGCAGAUUCAAAUCAUUGAAGGAUCUGAUGAGCCUGCCAUUAACUUCCCUCUGAUUCUCCAACCUCAAACUGAGGAUCUCACCAAGGAGCAGAUUCUCGAGCAAGCUCGCCUUCUCGCAGCGCAGCCCUCGGACAAGACGCUCGCAAGCCCUAUCCGCAAGCUACUUGACGCCAAUGGCGGCGCUAUCCACUUCAAGAAGCUGCCUCUCAAGACGGCCGACGAUUUUUCUGAAUUCAUGCACGCCCUUGCUGGCACCGGUCCUCACGCCUGGACACCUCAUGGCCACACUGGCAUGGAAGUUCUGCGCCGUCCUCAGGCCAAGAACGUCUUGACUGCCAAUGAAGGCCCCCCAAGCCACUUCAUCGGCUGGCACAAUGAGUACGCUGUGUCACCUGUUCACCCACACUAUCUUGCUCUCUACUGCAACGUCGCCCCUGCUGUCGGUGGUGAGACGUCCGUCUGCAACUCGAUUGCCUUGUACGAUCGUCUGAACAAGGAUGUGCCCGGCUUCAUUAAGGGCUGCAGCGAAAAGGGCCUCGUCUACCAGAUCCUACACAAUGCCGAGCAGGUCGGCGGUAUUGUCGGUGGCAAUGGCCUCUACAAGGAAUCCGCGUUUGGACCCUCCGGCGACGAGGUCAUGCCCGAGACAGAGGAGGGCAAGCAGGCCAUGGUUGAGGGCAAGAUUCUCAAGUUGGCCCAUGCUGGAGGUUGGCACGAGAAAAUCGACCAAAACGACAACUCUCUGCCUACCUGGCAGCGCCGCGGCUUCGACUGGACCUGGAAUGACAAUGGUGAUCUCGAGGUUGUCCACCGUGUCGCUGGUACCAGACAGCACCCAACUUUGGACAAGCCCGCCAUCUUUAACGCCAUGUCUACUCGAUACACCAACGCCGUUGCCAACGAUACCUUCGAACCCCCAUUUACUUUCAAGAAAGACGAUGGUACCGAGGGCAUCUCCAUUCCUCCUCAUUUUGCUGGACUUGAGAAAGAUGAGCCCAUCCCUCGUGAGUGGCUUCAGAAGAUGGACGAAUGGCAGCACAAGCUUGAAUCUAGCAUUAUCUGGGAUGCUGGAGAUGUGCUCCUUGUCGACAACUUUGCUGCACAGCACGCUCGCUGGGCCUGGGAGGGAGAUCGCAAGGUCAUGGCCAGCUUCUGGGAUCAGCCCGGAAUUAAGGGCGUCCCUGUCAAGGUGUAA